CUUUUAAAGAGUUUCAUUGGAUCACAGCAACAGCUGAGGCAAAAUGGCAGCGUCUAUGGUAAGAAAUGACACACACCGACAAUGAAUUUUUGAUAACUGCAUAUUUAUUUAUUAUUAGGCUUGAUUCAGUAUUAAGGAUAAGUAUCAAAUAAUAUUAUUGAACCAAGCCGACGAGUAGAAACUAACAGGUCCCAUAUUUAUGUUAUAUAUAUAUAAUAGCCUAUAUAUCUUAUACUUAGAGUUAGAGUAUAUAAAAUAUAUGAAAUUGAUAAUUAUAUUAUUAUUUAUAUCUAAUUCACAAAUCUAGCCUACUUUUUUCUGCCCACUUAAAAAAAAAUAAAAUAGUAGACUACCACCAAAUGAAAGAUAAUUGAAUGGAUUAUAUUUGUGCAAACUUACUUCUUCAGUUUAACUAAAAUAAACUACCACAAAUGACAUCCGAAAAGCAUUGAUUUUAGUCAGUUUAAAGGGACCAGGACACGCAUAGCCUUUAUUGAUUUAUUGGGACCUGGGUCCCUUUAGACUCAAUGCUAUUCAGAUUUCAUUUUGGUAGUUUAUUUUCGUUAAACUGAAGAAGUAAGUUUACAAACAUAUAGUCCAUUCAAUUAUCUUUAAUUUGAUACCAAAAUUUUGUCAGGUUUACAAAAUCUUACAACCCAACAAUAAUAUUUUUUAUAUUUUUUUUAUCCUGACCUUUUACUUCUGGGACCCAGGUCCGAAUAGACACUUUGAAAGGAAUGGGAUUGACCAGGUCACUGAACUUGCCAACAGGAAAGAAAAACAUAAAUUUGUGACUAGUAUGUCCUCGGGCACUCCUCAGAACGGCGGUCCCAAAUUAAACAGAAUAUUUUUUUGUUAGAAAAUGUCCGGCUACCACCCUAAUAUCCACAGAUAAUUGGUGACAUAAUUUUUUUGCUUCAAAUUUUGUUUGCAGAAUAAUUAUUGCUUGUAAUAAUAUAACAUAUUUCAAAUAAUGUUUUGUCAGGAAAAUUCUACAAACUUAUGACACAGUGCCAAAGGCACUGUAUAGGUUUAGUUUGGUUAGUGUUGCUUGCUUAAAACCAUCUCAUUACAAAAAAGCAAUUCAACAAGAUAAGUUUAUCUUUCUUGCAUUUUUCUUUAUUUUUCUUCUCCUUUAAAAAAAAAAAUUCUUUUAGGAGAUAAUGAUGAAGAUCCGGAUCUUAAUAAGAAAAAAAUAUAAUAAAUUUAAAUAGGGCAUUAUUAGUAUUAGACGUAAAGAAAUACGUCACCAAUUAUCGGUGGCUGGUAACCGGACACUUUCUAAUGAAUAAUAUUUAGUUUUUAAGUUGGGACUGCCGUUCUGAGGAGUACCUGUCCUAGUCUUAUCAUCCUAUGCGAUAGCCUAUGUCAGUGGUCGGCAAACUCAUUAGUCAAAUGAACCAAAAAUCAUGAGCAGGACGAUUAAAAUUUUUUUUGAGAGUCUAAUUUCUUGUCAAGAACCAUGUUUUUCGGAGUCAAAACCGAUUUGUAGCCGACUGGCUAAGCCUCACUCAGGUUGUUAAAGAGCUGCAUGCUGCUGGCGCUGCGGUUUACAGACCACUGGCCUAUGUCAUUAAAAAGAAUCUCAGUGUUCCUCCCCAAACCUGAUAAUAUUUAAUAUUAUUAUUCCUAUUAUUUUAGGAGCUCAUUCCAAAAAAUUGUAUAACAUUUUCUGUAACAGGUCUAGUUUUUAAGAUCUGGUUGAAUUUAUACAAUUUUAGUCCGCUGUAUAUAUGAUCUUUUGUGCAAAAUCUUCAUGUCAUAAAAACCUUUCUUAUUUAAAUGAAUAGUUACAUAAGAUGAUUGGACUUGAUGUCAGAAACAUUUCAGAUUAUGAAGUGAAUGUUUAAAAAAAGCACCAAUGCCUUAAUUUUCAUGCUUGUUUAUUCAAUAGAUGUUGAUAAACAUUUUUUUUAAGUAUUUAUUUUUCCAAACAUUUUUAGAAAGGAAAAAGGUGCUUGGUUAUUGGUGGAUGUGGAUUUUUAGGAAGACAUCUUUGUGAAGUCUUAUUGGAAAAAGGAUGGACUGUACAGGUGUUUGAUAUUAGGACAACAUUUGAAGAUCCAAGGAUAAAAUUUUUUAUUGGUGAUCUUUGUAAAAUAGAGGUUUGUGCAUUUCUUUUGCAUAUACUUUUACACUUGUUUGCUGUGGAGCAAACAACCUUAUUUGUGAUAUCCUAAUAGCACAAAUAGCACUAACUUAAUUUUAAAAGCAUUUUUCAAGUUUUUAAAAAAUUUGAUUUGUUCAAAAUUUGUAGAAAUAUUUGAAAUAUUGCUAUCAGAUUCUCAUCACUGUCCCGUUAGCCCCUUGUGGUUAUACUUUAGUGCCUAACUGGCGAUACUUUUUUUGCCCCUUCCAUUAGUGUGUCCAAUGCUUUUUCACUUUGUAGUUUGUAUCAUAAGCUGUUGAAUAAUCAUUUAACUUUGCCCAUUUUAUUAUUCAGGAUUUAAAGCCUGCACUUGAGGGGGUUCACUGUGUAUUUCAUUGUGCAUCACCUGCGCCACUGGGCAACAAUAAAGCAUUAUUUUACAAAGUCAAUUAUGAAGGCACCCAGAACAUUAUUGCAACAUGUAAAGAAGUGGGAGUCAAGGUAGAUUCUAAAAUUUAAAAAAAAAUAUUAAAAAAAAUUAUUUAAGGAUAUGAACUUGACUGUAUACAAAACCUGGUGUUGAUUAUUUAAAAUGAGCAUUUCUUUGGUCACCAGUGAUAUAUAUAUAUAUAUAUCGGGGGGGGGGGGGGGGGAGGACAAAGGGUUUUAUGGAAAUUCAUUUUUUUUGGAUGGCCCGCAUUAUAAUUUCAAUGAAUAUAGUGUUCUAGACAAUAAAUUAUACAGAUUUUUUAUUAACUUGAAAGUAACUAUAGUGAGGUGAUACCUGUGAGAUAACAUCUGAUAACAUCUGAUCACUAGACCUAGUUAUUGGUGUUCAUUGAUGAAUAGUGCUCGGAAAUACAUUGCCACUAAAUUUAAGGGUUAAUUUCCAACGCAUUGGAAAGACUGGGAUCGUUUGCUCUGCCAUAUUUUCCAGAGAAUAAACGGUCCAAUUUUAUCAAACGCCAUUAAAGAAAUGCUUCGAAAAUAAACAGUGGAAUAACUUCUAAAUUUGCUUGUGAUUACAUUUUUACAAUUUUACACCGUGAUUAUUAAUUUUCAAAGGCUUUUGCAGAAAAUCAUUGAAAAUUAGCACAUUUUAUGAAAACAUUGAUUCAGUACUUGGCCGGUCUUGUGGGCUAGAAUAAACAUUUUGGCAGAUUGUAGGUCGGCCAUUCCUGACAUAUUCAUUACUUUUCAAUCUAAAGAUUUUUCUAAAUCUAAAAGUCAUUUAUAAGUGGUUCAAAUAAUUGUUUGUGAAUGAUAAUAAAUUAUUUUCUAGCGACUUGUCCUAACAAGUUCUGCAAGUGUCGUUUAUGAAGGAAAGGGAAUAAGAAAUGGAAAAGAGGAUGAGUUGCCUUAUGCCACCAAGCCACUUGACUACUACACUGAGACAAAAAUCCUUCAGGAAAAGGUAAGCCAUCCUGUGUCUUAAACAAUUAAAGAAAACAAAAAUAUCCUUCAUGUUAAAAAUAAUACAGCUUCAUCGCCAACAUGGGCUAUUUUAGCUUAUAACUGGGUUGUGUCUCUUGGAGAAUUUUAGGUUUUUGGAACUGUGAAUUGUGACCAGUAUGCAAAUGGAUAGGUCAGUGUUCAUUUUAUCAGGUAAUGGGGUCAGGGGGGUUAAUAUAUGUUGGUGUUCAUUUCAACAGAUAAUGGUGUGUCCAUGGUUAAUAAAAUUUGGAUGAGGAUUUUAGCAAGAUGGGUGGUUUGCAUUAGAGGAUUGGUAAGUCAGAGAGAGAGCGAGAUGUUCGUCUGUAAAAUGAAAUAAUUUAAACGCUAUAGCAGUAUAAAGAGAUUGUCUAACCAAGGUUUUAUCUUAACCUCACCCAUCACCCAGCAGACCUGAUUUUAUCACUAGUAGACUUAAUGUUGUCACCAAGUUGACCUGAUGUUAUCAUUAGUAGAUCUGAUGUUGUCAUCAAGUAGACCUGAUUUUAUCACUAGUAAUUCUAAUGUUGUCACCAAGUAGACCUGAUUUUAUCACUAGUAGAUCUGAUGUUGUCACCAAGUAGACCUGAUGUUACUACUAGUGGAUCUGAUGUUGCCACCAAGUAGAACUUAUUUUAUCACUAGUAGUCCUGAUUUAGCACUAGCAGAUCUGAUGUUGUUACUAUAUUUACAUUCAGACUGUCUUGGCUGCCAACUCUCAAGAUUUUUACACAGUUGCUAUAAGACCUCAUGGCAUUUUCGGACCACGAGAUCUCCAACUUGUCCCCAUUGCAGUUGAUAUGGCCCGUAAAGGAAAGAUGAAAUUCAUUAUAGGGUAAGAUUGAUAUUCUCAAGUAUCUUAGUAAGUUAAGUACCAGUACAAUAAAUUAGGGUCUUCAGUAACUAUUCAAAAGUUUGUAUCAAAAUACAAAAGAUUUAUAUUAUACUGAGAGUCGGCGGAAGGGGGCAAGACUUAUUUAAUGGCAGCUGCUGGGCUUUUAGAAUUUUUGCAAAAGGAACAGCUUAGAAAUCGAAGAAUGUGAGAUCAUAGUUGAUCACUGUUUUAGCUUGCGAACAGCCGCGUAUGAAGGAGUCGAACAGGCAGAUGAUGCGGAAAACAAAGUGGAAAACAAAGAAUAUUACAGAAGACCAAAGUUAACCAGAACUCAAGGUUCUCCUGUGAGAAAUGCAGUCGAGACUGCCAUUCCAGGAUCGGCCCCUUAAUUGAUGUGUCAAUAAGCCACUUCUUGGGCUCAUGAAGACGGAAGGUCGCCAUUUAUAUCAUACAGAUAUCCAGUUGGUUUGAUGGUCAUUCUAAAAUUUUGAAGUUCCUUAAAACUGAAUAAUUUUUUAUUCAAAUUUUUUUUUUGGGAGAACAAAUAUAGCCCUGGUGAGGCAAAGUAUCAGUUGUUAAAAGCUUAAUAAAAAUAUUUCAGAACUAUUUCUCAUAGACAUGCCAUUGAUAUCUUUGACAGUUGACAUCAAAGAAUCGUACCUAUUCCCUUUUUAAAAUUACAGAACUUAUUGAAAAUCCUGAGAUGAAGGUGUCAAGGUGUAUAAGUAACUAAAGGAUAUUUAUUGUGAAAACAUUCACUGUUAGCUUUUCAAGCAGUCCAGCAAAGUAGAAAAAUGUGUUUAUGAAUCUUUUUUGCUUCAUUUUUAGCGAUGGGAAAAAUGUUGUUGACUUUACCUACGUUGGGAAUGUUGUUCAUGGUCAUGUACUGGCAGCAGAACAUCUCAAUCCUGGCUCACCUGUGUGCGGAAAGGUAAAACUAGCCACCAUUGUUUUCUUUUUUUUUUUUUUCAUUUAGGAAGAAAUUUUAAAGCAGACCCGUAAAUAAUGCUGACACAUGCAUCCUGCAUUGCUGAACAUUUUCAAAUGCACAUAUUUAAUGUGAAUAUACAUUAAAAAAAAAAAUUGCUUCAGUGGUGGCGAUGUCAAACAAUUUUAUUGGGGGUUCCCUUUCUUAUUUUUCUUUUUUUUUUUUUUUUCAUUUAGGAAUAAAUUUUAAAGCAGACCCGUAAAUAAUGCUGACACAUGCAUCCUGCAUUGCUGAACAUUUUCAAAUGCACAUAUUUAAUGUGAAUAUACAUUAAAAAAAAAAAAUUGCUUCAGUGGUGGCGAUGUCAAACAAUUUUAUUGGGGGUUCCCUUUCUUAGAGGUAGUUCAUAAAUGACGCCUGCAGAUAUGGGCUUGUCUUUGUAAAGCUCUAGACUUAAAUUAAAAACACACUUUUCUUCCCAAGGCGUACCAUAUCACAAACGCUGAACCUAUAUUUUUCUGGACCUUCAUGACCAGACUUCUGACGGGCUUGGGAUACCCGGCACCACACAUCCACUUGCCCUACACCCUCUUGUACAUCCUGGCUCUCAUCAUGCAGUUUGUGGCAUGGGUCUUGAGCCCCAUAACAAUCAUCAGCCCUUCUCUGUCACCCAUGAAAGUUGCCCUGGCAGGCACAGACCACUUCUACAGCUGUGAGAGGGCCAAGCAGGACAUGGGCUACAAGCCAGUGUUUACCUUAGACCAGGGGCUCAAGUUGACCAUGGAGAGCUAUCCAGAACUUAAAAACACAGAACCAGUGGAGGAGAAAAAGUCCCAAUAGCAAUGACAGAGAAGGUGCUCAUUCGGAGGCUUAAGUUUUGUGGACAUCUCAGAGUUUAAUUAUGACUUCCUUAUUUGACCUCUGAAAAGUCAUUGCCUUACAACCGUUGUAUCAUUGUAGAUUUGGUGGCCAGAAAGUGUUUAGUGGUCAUGAAAUGAGCAAAAUUGCUUGUUUAUUUUUAAAAUAAAUUUUUAUUGAUAUUUCAAGAUAGUUUUUAAGUAUUUUCAAGGAUAUACCAACAGAAUAUUCAGUCAAAACUUCUGUAAUACAUUUAUAAAUAAUUAAAUGUUUACUUGCAUGAAACAAUAAUUAUUGCUGUGAUUUUUUAAUAGACAAUUAAAACGACAGAUUUUUUUCUAAUGUCGAAGUUCAUGUGAACUCUAACCCUCUAACUCUAUUAUCAUUUAGAGUAACAUCUUUUGUUUGACAGUUGUAACUGUAUGCCAUAUCAAUGUCAAACUUUGUGUUUAUAUUUGGAAUGGUUUAAAAUAUUGUUUCAGAUCUCUAUAAUGGUGUAAAAUGACACAUUUACUGAUGCACUUUACAAUCUGUCAGCUUCAAGCUGCAUUUUAAUUUUAUUGUGUUUUAAAUAGCAAGUACACAAUUUUUAGUAAUUGUGUCAGAAAAGUUUUAGCUAAAUGGAUGUCACCAGAUGUCGUGUCCACCUGUCGCCAGAUGUCAUCUUCACCUGCCCCCAUUCAUAGUUACAGCAGUGGUCAAUGCACACAUUGCUGGCCUUCUCUGAAACCUUUGGUUGUUGAAUACUUUGUCCAUGUGCAUUAAGGUGAAAUCUGGGAUCUUUCUGUCAAGAGGCAUUCUGAUGUCACCUGGCUUUUAUUUAUGUAUGCUUGAUUUAAAGAGAACUAUAAGUCUGUUGUUAAGUGCAGGUGCUAACGCAACAGGUUUCUUCGGCCACUCUGAUAGUGAGUUAACUUUUUGUUUAAAAUAAACAUGCCCCAACUGCUGUAUAGAACUUUUUAUUUAAUCUUAGCAAUGCACUUAUUGAAAAUUGAAUCCAUCCAUCCCUGUGGCGCUACAGCCCAUGUAGGGAUUCGGCCUGCCUCACCACUUCCUUCCACUCAGACCUAACUAAUGCUUUUCUUUUUCAUGCUUUGAUUCCCAGGUGUUGUAGAUCUUUUUUUUCCCACAUCAUCCAUCCAUCUAAGUCUAGGUCUGCCUUUGAGCCUUUUUCCUCUGGGGUUUUGGUGGUGCUUCCGCUUCACUCUUCUGUCAUGUGACACUUGAUGUACCGGUACAUUAGACCAGAAUAAAACUAAACUAAAAGGGAGCCAUUUCAUCUUUUCACACUUUCAUCUGUUUAAGAUCGAUUUCUUUGUCAAAUGAAUGAAGAAAGGAAUAUGUUUAUUUUUAAUAAAUCGGGCUACAGCCUGCUGCAUGGCCCACUGUUGUUGCCAUCCCUGGACUAGCAUUACGACUGUAAGUCUGUUGUUAAGUGUUAUAGUUAUAACUAUAUAUUUCUCUUGGUGCAACUGUCAAGUCUGAAGUGGAUCUCUUAGAAACUUCACUUAAAAAAUGAAAUGUACAGGUGGUACAAGUAUUUUCUAGAGUUUUUGAUGAUGGAGGCGUGCAACAAUUGUAUUCUGUUGUUUUUAUUUGAAUGAAAUAAUUAAUUCUUUCUCAUAAGAGCAGGGACUAUUCCAGGGGAACCUCUGCGGUGUCCUUAAACUAUUACUGAGAAACCUCUCAGGUGUCCAUUAAUUUUUUUUUUUACAUGUCAUAUUACUGUGGAAAUGUGACUUAACAUGCUUUGAAAAGAAUUCCACUGAUAUUUACUCACUAAAUGUUCAAUGACCAAUGAUGCAUGAAAUAAAACUAUGAAAUAAGACUAAAACUUGUGUACACAAUCAGAAGAUUUUUGGUUUUUCAAGAUGAAAAUACCAAUGUAAUGUGCUUGAAUAGUAAGCUUCAAAUCUUCUAAGAUUACCACAGAAAUUAACCAUGUAAAAAAUCAAAUAUUGGUGUUGGUUGAAAGUACGUCCUGUCCUGCUGAGUGAUUGAAAGUAUGCCAUGUCCUGGUGAGGGAUUGAAAGUAUGCCAUGUCCUGCUGAGUGAUUGAAAGAAUGACAUGUCCUGGUGAGUGAUUGAAAGUAUGCCAUGUCCUGCUGAGUGAUUGAAAGAAUGACAUGUCCUGGUGAGUGAUUGAAAGUAUGACAUGUCCUGCUGAGUGAUUGAAAGUAUGUCAUGUCCUGCUGAGUGAUAGAAAGUAUGUCCUGUCCUGUUGAGUGCUUGAAAGUAUGUCAUGUCCUGCUGAGUGAUUGAAAGUAUGUCAUGUCCUGCUGAGUGAUUGAAAGUAUGUCAUGUCCUGCUGAGUGAUUGAAAGUAUGUCCUGCUGAGUGAUUGAAAGAAUGACAUGUCCUGGUGAGUGAUUGAAAGAAUGACAUGUCCUGCUGAGUGAUUGAAAGUAUGUCAUGUCCUGCUGAGUGAUUGAAAAUAUGUCCUGCUGAGUGAUAGAAGUAUGUCCUGCUGAGUGAUUGAAAGUAUGUCCAGCUGAGUGAUUGAACAUAUGUCUUGCUGAGUGAUUGAAAGUAUUUCCUGCUGAAUGACCUGGAAUAUACCCAAAAGUGUUAGUGAACAUGACAAACAACAUCUCAAGGUAGAAAAUGUACAUGGCAUACAAGGGAUGUAAGUGCUUGAUAUUUUUGAUGAAAGGGAU